CCAGUUGUCGAUGUCCAUACACACAUCUACCCUCCAGCCUAUGUCUCGCUGCUCCGCUCAAGGUCAGCGGUACCUUAUAUGCGCACCUUCCCAGACAACCCAGAAGCCGGCGAGCGUCUCGUGAUCCUCCCCAGCGAAGAUGCCGCAACUUCUACUGCACGAGGCAGACCCAUCGGUCCAGAAUACUACGAGGAAGAAGAGAAGAUCAAGUUCAUGGAUCAACACAACAUCGACAUCAGUGUCAUUUCGCUCGCAAACCCAUGGUUGGAUUGGUGCGAGCCUGCAGAUGCCCCCGAAGCUGCGAAACAAAUCAACGAUGAUGUCGAAGCAGUCUGUGUCAGACAUCCAGGCCGUCUGUACGCCUUUGGCACACUUCCCCUUUCCGCAGGCGCCCCUGCCGUCGUCGAAGAAAUCAAACGUCUGCAGAGCUUGAAGCACAUGCGUGGUGUAAUCAUCGGCACAUCCGGUCUAGGCGCCGGUCUCGACGACCCAGCUCUCCACCCCAUCUGGCAAGCCCUGCAAGAAACAAAACAACUCGUCUUUUUACAUCCUCAUUACGGUCUCCCCACUUCGGUCUAUGGCGACAGAGCGGCAGAUUACGGACACGUAUUACCCCUAGCCCUAGGCUUCCCCCUCGAAACCACAAUCUCCAUCACCCGCGCCAUCCUCUCCGGCGUCUUCGACACCUUUUCCUCUUUGCAAAUCCUCCUCGCACAUUCAGGCGGUACCUUGCCCUUUCUCGCCGGCAGAAUCGAAUCUUGCAUCAAACACGACGGACAUUUGAAAUCGGCGGGCAAAAUCGAGGGUAGAAAAAGCGUUUGGGAUAUUUUGAAGUCGAAUAUUUAUCUUGACGCGGUGGUUUAUGGGGAUGCUGGGUUGAAAGCUGCGGUGGAGGCGUCCGGGAGUGAUAGAUUGAUGUUUGGAACCGAUCAUCCGUUUUUUCCACCGUUGGAGGAAGGGGAAAAGGAGUGGUUGUCUGUUAGGACGAAUGCGGAGGCUGUGAAGAGUGUGUUUGGGGUGAAGGAGGCGGAGGAUGUCAUGGGCGGGAAUGCGGUUAGGGUGUUGAGGUUGAAUGAGUAGAUGUCACAUAGGACAGAUGAACCCAACC